AUGGCCAAUGGCGUUGAGGAACUCAUCGGGAUCCCCUUCCCAAACCACAGCAGCGAAGUCCUCUGCGGGCUCAACAAGCAGCGGAACGAUGGCCUUCUGUGCGACGUGAUUCUCCUGGUCCAAGACCAGGAGUACCGGACCCACAAGUCCGUGCUGGCUGCCUGUAGCCAGUAUUUUAAGAAACUCUUCACCGCCGGCACGUUGGCAGACCAGCCCUACAUCUACGAGAUCGACUUCGUGACGCCCGAAGCCCUUUCCGCCAUCCUCGAGUUCGCCUACACCUCCACCCUGACCAUCACGGCGGCCAACGUCAAGCACAUCCUCAACGCGGCCAAGAUGCUGGAGAUCCAGUGCGUGAUUAACGUCUGCCUCGAAAUCAUGCAGCCCGGGGAAGGGGCGGGAGGCGAGAAGGAGGAGGAGGAGGAAGAGGAAGAAGAAGAGGAAGAGGAGGAGGAAGAGGAGGAGGAGGAGGUGGAGGAAGGAGCGGGCGACUUCGCCAAACGGAAUCGAUCCGGUGCUCAAGAUCUCAGCUGCCGCCAAAGUCCAUCCAAGCCGGAUCUUCCUGAAGAAGUCUUCCAGGAGGCCACCAAUGUCUUCUCCACCCGUCUUCCAUCCAGCAGCUCCAAUGGCCCACUGGGCCUUCUCCGAGACUUCUCCAUCGAGUCCCUCUUGAGGGAGAACCUGUACCCCAAAGUGACCCUUCCAGAACGCAGGCCGGUCCUGUCUCCCUUCAUGCCUGACCUCUUCCCCCAUCUGUGGAACGGGGACUUUGGCCCCUUCGCCCCAGUAGAGGAGCAUCAGGUGGACAACACCCCCUUGGACUUGGUGAUCAGAAAGCAGAAGAUCAAGGAGGAGCAGAAGGAGGAGCCCCUGCCCAGCCCCUUCCCCAACAGCCUCUUCAAGGAGGUCUUUGCCAACACGGCGGCCGCCGCCGCCCCCCCCUUGGGCCACGUGAAGGCCGAGAGCGACUACAGCGCCUACCUGAACUUCCUGAGCUCCGCCCACUUCGGCCGGGUCUUUCCUGGCUGGCCCGAAGAAAGGAAGAUCAAGCCCAAAGCGUCCCAGCAGUGCCCCAUCUGCAACAAAAUCAUCAUGGGGGCCGGGAAGCUCCCACGGCACAUGAGGACCCACACGGGGGAGAAGCCCUACAUGUGUAAUAUCUGUGAAGUCCGGUUCACCAGGCAGGACAAGCUGAAGAUCCACAUGCGGAAGCACACGGGGGAGAGGCCGUACCUCUGCAUCCACUGCAGCGCCAGGUUCGUCCACAACUACGACCUGAAAAACCACAUGAGGAUCCACACCGGCAUCCGUCCCUACCAGUGCAAGUUCUGCUACAAGAGCUUCACCCGCUCGGAUCACCUCCACCGCCACGUCAAGCGCCAAAGCUGCCGGAUCUCCCGGCCCAGGAGAGGACGCAAGUCGGCACCCUGGAGAGCGGCCAGCCUGCUCUUCGCCCCGACCGGACCACCGGACAACAAGAGCUUCCUGGUGCCCCCGGUUCUGGAGGACAUGAGUGGCCACUUGGGGGGCCCGGGGCUGUGCCUUCCGGGCCCCGGGCCCUUCCUGGAUGGGGCCAAGAACGGCUUGAACCUGCAGGAGCUGCAGAACCAGCUGGAGGCGACCCAGAUGAAGCUCUUUGGGCGGACACACCUGGACCUGGAGCACAACGGGGGCCUCUUCGCCUUCGCCCUGAGCCACGGCGAGGGUCUCUCGGGACGGCCCUAUUUCUCCCUCCCGGAUCCCUGGGUUUCGGGGUUCAACGGACUGGCUGCCCUCAACCCCCUGGCCUCUCUCUCUGAAGCUAGCAACUGAGUUGACUUCUCUU